AUGAGCAACGAUCCAAACCCAAUAACCCCAACUUACCAUGGGACGGUCAUUCCGCCUCCUGUUUUCAACAUUGAUGAUGACCCACUGGACUGGCUGGACGAGUUCGAGUGCGCCAUCACCGCCAACAACUGGUCCGAUACCCGUGCUCUUGCCAUCGCGCCUAUGCGUAUGCAUAAAGUCGCUCGCGCCUUGUUUUCCGACAAGAAAUUCCCAACCUGGAAGGAAUUCACCGAGGCUUUCCGCGAGCACUACCAGACCGAGGAGUACAAGAACCGUGCCUUCAAUGCGGCCCAGAAUUACCGCCAAUCCGACAAGGAAAGUAUCGACGUCGUAGUUGCCAAGAUGCAGACCUUCUUCAGACGUGCUGACGUGACUGAUGAUGCGGUGAAGCGAAGGUUGUUCUCUAAUUCUGUGAAAGAACACAUCUUCAAAGAACUCUCGCGUAAGUCCGCGUCGACCUACGCCGACAUGGUGAAGGUGGCUCGGCAGGAGGACCACAUAGAGCAAGCCGCCAUCGAUAGACGGCGUGUGCCUGCCGAGUCCCUCCCUGUGUCGGCGGCGCCCGCCACAGCCAGUACUUGGCCUGCUGCCCCUGCGCAGCCUGAGCGCAGGCCGACUGGUCAAGACCUCGGAGUUGAUGAGCUCAUUUCGAAGAUGAGCACCUUGUCGCUGAACCAAAUCAAUGCCGUCUUCAGUGCGUUUGGACAACUUCCUAUUGCGAGACAAGGUCAGUCUCUUUCGGGCGGUGGUCGCGGUCCUGUUAACUGUUAUCGAUGCGGUAAGCCGGGACACAUCUCUCGCAACUGUACGGAGUCACUUCCCAGCGGCAAUAGAGAUGCUCCUCCUGCUGGACAGGUUAACUGGAUUGAAGUGGCGAAUCAAGACGAUGUCAACGCGGUCACCCGAUCCCAAAGCAGAAAUGCUGCCCGAACCGACGCCCAUCCGUAUCGUAGUGCGAAUGCGGAGGUUCCUAUGCAGCCCGUCAGACAGCCGCAUCCUCCUGCGAACCAUGGUGCUGUCGCACCGUCGAACGCCGGUGGAAUGCAACCCCAAGCCCGAGCUCCGAUUCCAAUUCCGACUCCCGUUCCCGAGACGCCUGUCGGUGCAGGCCCUUCCAAGGUCAAGAAAACCCCCGUCAAGGUCAAGAUUGCCGAGCCGACAAGCAUGGACCUGGAUUACGAGAAACCAACUAGAAAGCGCCUCGUGAGGAAGAAGGCUAACCCGAGGACGGCCCCCAUCACGCUGGCUACCUUGCCUGGUGUGCAGCCCUAUAGCAUCCUCUCGGAUAUCAUUACCACGCCCGUACACAUGACGGUGGGCCAGGCCCUACUGUUCAAGGAGGUCCGAAAGGAGAUGCUGAACAGUCUUAAGCCGGUCUCCCACACUGUCAGCCAGCUCCAGCCGAUCACUGCCCCCGCUUCGUCGGCCCAAGUCAAGGUUACCAUACAUGGUCAUGAAGUUUACGCCAUCGCAGACACCGGAGCGUCGCUCUCAGUGAUCACCCGAGGACUUGCUGAGUUCGUGGGCGCAAAGGCUGACCACCCGUACGACCAGAUGAUAAUGACCGCGGAUGGCAAAAAGCAUGCACCUCUCGGCAUGAUUUCGUCGCUUCCAGUUUGCAUUGACGAC